UACCAUCGGUUACCAAAGAGAACUUACAAGUAGUAUCGAUAGGUAUGAGCAGCGAGUGAGAGAAAAGUACCAUGGCUGACUGAAAAUGGUGAUGAGUGAAUAAUUCAAGUAUUGUGGCUUAGAAACUUAUUAAUUAAUUUCAUAAUUUAAAUAUUUGUGAAGGGAGACUGAAUUUGCAGUAUUUAGGCAAAGCGCAGGAGUGAUUAACAAUGAACGGUUUGAGCUUAAGUGAGUUGUGCUGUUUGUUUUGUUGUCCUCCUUGUCCAACAAGAAUAGCUGCCAAACUGGCAUUCCUACCACCUGAACCUACAUACAAAUUUCUGGCCGACGAAGCGAGUUCAAAGUUCAGUUUGAACCUUACCGAACGAGCGGAGUGGCAAUAUUCUGAAAGAGAGAAAGAAAAUAUUGAGGGAUUCUUUACACGGACUUCUCGGGGUAAUCGUAUUGCAUGUUUAUUUGUGAGGUGCAGUACAAAUGCCCGAUUUACAAUACUGUUUUCACAUGGUAAUGCGGUUGAUUUGGGACAGAUGAGUAGUUUUUAUCUAGGACUUGGUUCUCGCAUCAACUGCAACAUAUUCAGUUAUGACUACUCAGGUUAUGGAGCAAGUACAGGGAAACCAUCAGAGAAGAAUUUAUAUGCUGAUAUCGAUGCAGCAUGGCACGCUCUUCGUACCAGCUAUGGAAUAUCACCGGAGAAUAUAAUCUUAUAUGGACAGAGUAUUGGCACUGUACCUACAGUGGACUUGGCAUCGCGCUAUGAAGUGGGAGCUGUCAUUCUGCAUUCACCACUUAUGUCGGGCAUGAGAGUUGCCUUCCCCAACACCAAGAGGACUUGGUUCUUUGAUGCCUUCCCUAGUAUCGACAAGGUUCCGAAGGUAACAUCACCAGUGCUUGUGAUUCAUGGUACUGAAGAUGAAGUAAUUGAUUUUUCCCAUGGCCUGGCAAUCUAUGAGCGGUGCCCUCGUGCUGUUGAACCUCUGUGGGUCGAUGGAGCAGGACACAAUGAUGUUGAACUCUACUCUCAGUAUUUGGAGCGCCUGAAGCAGUUUGUAUCUGUGGAACUACUCAACUGACAACUACUGCCACCUGGUGAGGAGUCGGAACACAAUGCCACGUCCACUGUCAGUUCAGCCACCACGAGUUCUGUUACUGAGAAAUUGCUCUAGCUAACCGAUCCUCCAGCAAAUCAGACAGUUGGUGAAUCAGCCACCAGCCUGCAGGAAGAAAAAUCAAAUAGUGAACAGUCUUGUAAGAGCAGUGUGCUGAGUAGCCCUCCCACUGUACCGGCAACUUACGAACUGCCACGAGAAACUACCUGCUAGUCUUCUAACAAGGCAUUUCAUCAAUUGGAUCCUGGUUUUGGAAAACGAGAAGUUUCUGCACCAUAAUUUGGAUUUCUCUGUUGAGAGAAGUAAUGAAAAUAUUAUGAAGAACUCUUCAUUAAUUAUUCUCACAGCACAGAAUUUUCAUGAUAAAUUGUGAAGUGUGCGAUGAUAGCGCUUGUUUUCCAAAAUGGAAUAAGCAUUUGCUGGAGAUGAACUCAGUCUGAUGUGUUUUGUGGUGUUGGCAUGAGAGCAAGGUAGCGAAGGACUGGAACUAGUGAAGAUGUAGCUAACCAUACUUCCCAUUAUAGAAUCAGUGACUGUCUGAUAUUUUACAGGGAUCAAAUUGAGUAAGAACUUAUUGUUCCAAAUUGAAGUGAUAUUUUAAACUACCAUUAAUCUGACUCUUUGCAAUAGUAAGUGCAUUUUGUUCUAGAGUAAACUUUCAGAAGUUUGAUGUUGAUAAUAAAAAGGCCUGAUUAUAUGUUAUGGGGGUGAAACACUGCCGCGACAUUAUUAAUUUCUACCUAUGAGGUGUGUAGGUUCAAGUUAAUAUAGUGUGAUGAGAGUGUACCUGUAUAUGGGCCUAGUAUUUACAUUAAUUUGUAUGUCUGACAUCAAUCAGGAAGUAGCCCCUGCAGUUUUGUUCAAACCCCAUUGUAGUUAAUACAUUUUUAUAUUUUAUUUAUUAAUUGUUACCCUUGUGUACUUCAUUGAAAUGCUUUCCUUUGUAGUAAUUUCAUAUAUAUUUAUAAAUUGCAAUGAAAUAAUUCAUAUGGAGAUUUCACUUUUUGUGUAAUUAUAUUUAUUCUCCUCAGCAGUACAGUGUAGAAAUUUUGGCUUCCAACUGAACUGCACAAGGCAGAACUUUUGUAUUUUGCAACUCUCACUUGAUGGUUUGGUGAUGAAAUGCUGCAUUAUAACAGUGCAUGGUGCAAUAUGGCCGGAAAUGAGUCUUACUCACUCUAAAGGUCUGAAGUUUUAUGUUGUGUCCUUGUGAUAUUAAAAAUAAAAUAAUAAUCCUCUUACUGCCAAGUGAAGUGCUGCAGGCUGCAUUGUAAAAUCUAAGUAACACAAGAGAACCCUGUGUCUUGAAUAUCAAAUAUUGUGCAUGAUUAUGCCAUCUUGUAACAUAUAAAUGAAUUAGAUGCAGUGAAGAACCAGCUCUGAGCAUCAGCCAAACAAAUCAGAUUGUUGCAGGCUUAGUGGAAGCUGUCUUCAGUUUAAUCAGUUUAAUGUCAGGGAAGGGGUUAAGAAUAGAAAUUAUUUGAUUAAGAUUGAUGUGGCAUCAUUGUCAUAUCAUCACUAUAGCUAUUAUCACCUGUCACUAAUUGUUUAUAUAGUUAAAUAUAUUAUCACCUGCAGUCACUUCUACUGGCUUGCUGAAUGCUAAUUGGUUGUGAGAUGGAGCAUCUGAUGGAAGAUUAGCAUGAGUUAUGUGUGUGAGAAGUAGCAUUCUGCUGCUUUUACACAGUAAGAUGAUACAUUACUUUGCAUUCAUGUUAUAACGUUGAUAUCAAAGUUUUUAUCCAAAGUAUUUGAGAGUUCGGAUGCACAGUGUAAAAGCUGGUAACGUGUCAGUAUGUCAUAUAUUAAGAUAUGGAUUGUACUUCACUUUGUAGUAUGUAGAAUUUCCAUUUCUGUUACAGUCAAGGCCAUUAGGUUGUCAUGGAGUUGAAUAGAUCUUACUAAGUAGAUGUUUUGAACAUCAGUGAGUUCAUAUAUGUUUGUGUAAGAUUAGUUCAUAUGUUGUAUUCAUCUUUAUUGUAGUACUUCAAAGAAUUGGCAUAUUUCAAGAACUUAUGUGAUAAAUUAUUUGUCUCUUUUCUUCUAUAAUUUCUGCUCCACCACUUUUUCAGUUCAGUAUAUUCUAAAAUGAACUUUUAAAGUCCUCAAAAAUAGUAGCAGUUGUGAUCAGCUAAUUAUGGCCAUAAUUGAAGUUCAUUAUUGUUGAAAAACAAAAUUGAUGGUUCGACAAACUCAUUGCAUCAUUCCUUAUGUCAUGCAUGGUAAGCAAUGUCUUGUAAGUUACUGGAAGAGGAACAUGACAGUUUGUAGUGAGAGGCUGUAGAGGUCUCCUGUUCAUAUGUCAGUCAUUUUAAAAAAAACUGGAUGUCAGUGGACUUAACAUGUCUUUGUUUUCAUUCAUGAGGAAAAGAAGUUAUUGUUCUUAUUCUGUGACGAAACAGUGCCUGCAUUUGCAUAAAAUUACAGUUAUUUUCAUGGGAUGAUUUUAAAAAUUGCAAAUUACGACAGAGAUAUGUGAGUGAAUGUCAGUUUUCAAAGAAUCUUGCUUUGUGUACUGUGCCAAGUCAAAAGAAAUUGAUGUUAGAAAGAAAGAGUCAGGAAAUAACAGAACACUUGCUGUAGACUCUGCUGAGAGAGUUUUCAGUGACAGCAAAUGGUGUCAGUAAGGGUAUGCUGCUAAUAGCUCAUCAUCUAUUUUUUUGUCCAUUGAGACUAGUCUGAGAUUUAUUGACAUGAAGGCAUUAACAUAUUCCUGCAUGCUUUCUUUGGUGGUAACAGAAGUACAUGGGGGGAAAAGAACAGAUAUUUACAAAGAGUGAUUCAAGAGGAAGGUUCAGAUGUCAUUAGUAAGGGCUCAGAAGAAAAUGAGCAAUCACUUUAGAUCUAUUGGCAUUCAGUGUGUUUCUGGUGAGCACCAAUUUUGUGAAUGGGUGACAGGAUGGUACCUUAAGAAUCGGUUACAGCUACUACCUGUCGUGUUCCUCCUGCUGCUUGUGGUGGUUACUUACUGUAAAUGAUGUCAGUUGUUUAUCACAAUUUAAUUCUCUUCAACCAAGCCUAGUGUUAUAGGUAAUGCAAAAUAUGUUACACUAUUUUUUAAAUAUGACUGGCACAAGAGAGAAAAUAUAGAAUAUCUCAUAUAUGAAUUUAUAUGCAAAAAAAAGUUAGCCUCAAAAUAUCAUUCAGCUAGGAUUAUGGUGGGCCUUAUAACAGUUGUCUUAUUGGCUUACUUAGCUCACUGGCAGGGAAAAUGAAAUUGAAAGUUCACCGUAGGGUUAACAAAUCUGUGCUCCAUUAAGCAACUGAACCCCUGCCCUCUUGCUACAGAACUGACUGAUUCUGACUACCAAAAGUUUAACUCUGUAGAAUGUACAUUACAGCCUCUAUAAAUACUAAAUACAGAUAAAAUGUGUUUUGCCACAGUCAAUGUUGAGCCACAGAGAACCACCUCAGCUCAAUUUACAGUUUAUUUUCACAAAAAGUUUUGAUGUUUCUUAAAGUAAAAUGUUUAUCUGGAGUAAUCUCUAAUUUACUUGAAGCCCAGAUGAAACUCUUCUCAAAUAUGGCUCAUUGUACACAAAAUUGGUACAUGGUAUCUUUAAAUAUCUUUAAGAUUACAGUUUCACAUGAAACAUUUUUCAGUAUGAUGUAUAUUUAAUAAAAUACAAGAAAAAUGAUAUAUUUCUCA